AUCUAAUCAACACAGCUUAAGUGUGUAAAACCGAAAAAAAUAACUGUGUACAUAUUUUCAAAUGAAAAGCUGUCAAUUGUUUGUCUAGCAAGUGUUAAUUGCGGUUCAGUCAGUGCCAAGCGCUGUGUUCAAACAGUUGUGGAAUUUUAGAGAGAGAGCGCGCGCAGUGUUUAAAAUCAAAGUACAAAUGACUAAACUAAAAGUGUUACUUAUCACAAAAUUUAAGGCCGCGUUUAGUUAAACUAGAACAACUUAAUUAUAUGCGCUGAUAAAAACGUGAAAUGAAAAGAUAAGCACAGUCAUUAAAUUGAAAAUAAACAAAUUAAAUGCGUAAACGUUCGAUAACUUAAAUUGAGCUAUUGCUUUAUGUGUAGCUAUUGAAUAAAUAAUGCUUCAAAUUCUAUAGACAGCGCCAAUAAACAAAGCAAAUAUUUUGCGCAUAUAUUUGUUUGUUUAUUUCGAUAACGUCACAACUAUAAUUUAAGACUUUUUGUCACACCCUAGCAAAACUUUAGGCACACACAAACAAACAGCAGAGAGCGACACUUAAAGUAAGUUUUAGUUUGGCAAAGCUUGCGGCGAUAAUGUUGUUGAUAAAAUAAAGAUAAUGAUGAUGAUGAUGAUGAUGUUGAUGCUGAUGAUGACGUUGCCAAGGAUGACACAUGCCACUGUACGCGCCACACUAAUUAUGAUAAAUGCAAUGUAGAUAAAGCGUCUUAACCCCAAAAGCAAAGCUCUAAUCAGACACACACACACACACACACGCACACGCACACACAGACUGUGUGAAAUACAAAACAAACAUAACAAACAAAAAAAAAACACAAGAACAAUGUCAAAAUAUCAAAAACUUGACAGCGCGCUGGCACCCACAAUGCAUGAUGAUGAGUAUGAUGAGAGUUUUUCCCUUUACUUGGAUGAUGAUAAAGUUCAAGCACAAGAGCAGCAACUCAAGCAACAACAACAACAACAGCUAUUUAACCAUAACAGUAUAAGACUGAAUGCGCCAAACAAUGGCAGCAGCAACAACAAUAACAAUAACAGUGAAACAACAACAACAACAGCGAGAGCAGCUACAUUGGAGCUGGAGGACCACACAUGGGAGGUGCCGCUGCUGAGACGCAGCAGCAGCAAUAACAGUUGCAGUCAUUUGCAUAUGGAGCAUGAAACGGUGGCCGAGUGUCGUUGCAUGCAACCUGGCUUUGGUGCAGACCUCAAAAGCAAAUCGUCGCAGGACGCAAGAUUUAAAAUUCUGCUCGCCGUUUCGCUUUGUGGCAUAUUCAUGAUCAUUGAAUUCCUUGGCGGCUAUAUGGCCGGAAGUCUGGCCAUAAUGGCAGAUGCCGCACAUUUAGCAACUGAUUGCAUUAGUUUCAUCAUUGGUCUGGUUGCAAUUUGGUUGGGCAGUCGACCGCCGGACGCACGCAUGUCCUUUGGUUACAAACGUUUCGAGGUUUUGGGCGCUCUGCUUUCCAUACUCGGCAUUUGGCUGCUGACGGCGAUGUUGGUAUUUGUUGCAGUCCAGCGCAUCUAUUCGCAGGAAUUUCAAAUUGACGCAAAUGUUAUGAUGUGCAUUUCAGCCAUCGGCAUUGCAAUUAAUAUUGUCAUGAUGUUUGUGCUGCAUGGCUCCUGGUUUACUACAGCAGCUGGCGGGCAUGGUCAUAGUCACAGUCAUGGGCAUAGUCACACGCAUGUUAAUUCAACUGGCCACGCUGAAGGUCAAAAUGUUGUUAUAACAAAUGGCUUGAAGGCAAUGCAACAACAGAAUGUUGGGUGCGCCCAGCAGCAGCAGCAACAACAGCAACACAAUUUAAAUUUGCGAGCAGCCAUGAUACAUGUCAUUGGCGAUUUGGUGCAGAGCAUUGGCGUCUUCUUGGCCGCCAUACUUAUCAAAUGCUAUCCAGCAGCAAAGUAUGCGGAUCCAUUGUGCACGCUGCUCUUCUCGUUAAUUGUGAUUAUGACCACAGUGCGCUUGUUUCGCGAAUCUCUGGCCAUAUUGCUGGACGCGGUGCCCCCAGGCGUUUGCCUUGCAGCGCUGCAGCGCGAGCUCCACAGCAUUGAGGGUGUCAAAUCGGUGCAUCAUUUAAAUGUCUGGCAGCAUACAAGCGAGCAUAGCGUGCUUAUGGCUCAUCUGGUUGUGGAAUCGCACUGCGACACGUCGACGCUGCUGAGGCAGGCAACUGAUUUGGUCUGCGGCGGCAGCUACAACAUCAAGCAUGUCACCAUACAAAUUGAGCAGCUGACUGAAAUAUAAAUAUAAAAUUAAUCAAUAGCCUAAUUAGCUCGCAGAGCAAACAGUGAAAACAACAAAUACUAUAACUUAUAUAUAUAUAAAUUUUGAGCGACCAAAGUCUGUGCGCAAUUCAUGUGAUUAUCAGUAUAUACGUAUAAAUUAAUUUUAAUGCCACUGCAAAGUUUUUAAUGUAUUAUUUUUGUAACAAUAAAUAAGUU